GGGUUUUUACAGCUCCAAGCAUAUUCCUUGAAUUGCUGACACGUGUUUUCUUCGUUUUGCCGUACCCCCAUUUUAGGGUUCCUGGGGCAAGGAGAGAGCGAUGGAUUCGGCAGCAGUGCACAGGAUUGCAGGGUUUCUGUCUCUCGGCCGCGGGAAUGGGUCGCAUCCAGCAGCAGUGGGGCGCCAAUCGUCGCUAGGGCGCGGAAGAUCGUGCCUCGCAGCUUGCCGCAACGCACGGUUCGCGGAUCAAAGCCAUGUCGUGUUCUACGCGCGGCCAAGGAAGCAGCGGCGCUCGGCGACCUCCAGCCCGCGCGGCUUCGCCGGUAAGUUUGAGAUGGCAACAGUGGACGACGAGUCCGUCCAGGAGGUGAUCCGGCAGCUCGAGGAGCUCCAGCUCAAGGCCAAGGCUAAGAAGAAAGAGCUCAAAUGCAAGAAGGAAAAGGAGAAGAAGCAGUCAGCGAUGGCGGCGGGGCCGGCGAUGAAGAAGAGGAAGAAGGAAUCGUCGUCUUCGAGCUCGGAGUCUUCGGAUUCGUCAGGUGGCGAGUGCGGUAGCAGCCGAUUUGACAUGAGCUUGCUCCGGGAGGAGCUGCGAGCAGCAGCCUCUCCAAGAUCCAUAAUCGAUGCUGUGGCCAGCGAAGCCUCUCUGGAACAAGUGAAUGGGGGGAAAUGCGUUCUAGCGCCGCCGGUUUGUGCGAGAGUGGAGGUUUGCACGGGUGGGAAGUGUCGAAAGGCCGGCUCUCAGCAAGUUUUAGCCGCGUUCCAAGCAAAGAUCUCUUCUUCUUCCUCGCCUUCACUGUCUUCGGCAACUUCGUGUAAGUGUAUGGGGAUGUGUGGACAAGGUCCCAAUGUCCGGAUCCAAGGAGCUGGCGAUGGAGCCCCUUUGGCUUUCAAUCACGUCGGUGUGGAAGACGUCGAUCCCUUGCUCCAGCAGGCUGGAUUCCCAGCCGUGGUAGCAGUAACGAGGAUGCAAAGCGCCCGCUACUAAGGUAUUUGUUACUAUUAAAAUUUGUCACAAACUUAUCUGACAAUAUUUGUUUUCUACAAAGUGCUUAUAAUAACCAAAGUUUAGUAGUGACAAUAA